UACCAGGAAUCUGAAGUUUCUACAUUAAGUUAUUAAUAGCUGCAUGUAAUGCUCUUUAAUGUCCAAAUGGCUAUUUUUCUGUUCAUUUGAGUAUAAAUCUGCAAUUAUUCAGACCCAUACAGUUUCUUCCCUUUCCCUAAAAUAAAUAUUUAUUCAUUAAUAAGACCAAUAUCUUGUUGUAAUAUGGUGGGAUUGUUUAUACUUCAAGUGGAGAAGUACUCCAUGUAUAAUAGCAUUGCAAAUUGGGUCAAGACUUUUGACCAUAUGUUUUUCUUUCCCUGGGGCACAGAGGGGGGGUUAUCUUUCCUUCUUCUUUUUGGUAAUUUUUUUGAAAUGUUUUUAUUGUUUUCAAUCUAAAUCUCAAUGAUUUUUGCACAGCUUCAGGAGAGACAAACUCAUUUGAGUCAGUUCCUGAUCUUGAAAAGUCCAUGUACACAGAAAUUGAUGGAUUUCCUUGUGUCCGUCUACUCAACCUUUCAGGGGAAAUUGGUUGCUCAAAUCCUGCACGUGAGAAAGUUGUCGCACCAAUUGUUAGAUUUAAGAAUUCAAAGGAGUUGACUGGACCAGCAGCAGUCCUGGUCUCUUUAGAUGAAUUUGAAAGCGUGCUGUCAAGAGUAUCAAAAGACUUAGAUUUUGCUAGUAAAGUGGCCGGCAUAUUUGUUGAAUCAAGAAGUCAGGUUCAAAAUGGUUUAAAGGGAUUUUCUCCAGAUGUCAAAUUUCCACAGGCAGAAUUUGCUCCAUAUACAAGCAACAAUUUUCAGUGGAAUCCAGCUGGAUCUGGAAUCAUAUGGAAGGCUUAUAAUUUUCCAGUGAUUUUGCUCUCUGAGACCAGCACAUCUAUCUUGCAACAGGUAUUUGGGAUUCAAAAUAUAUAAUAUCUUACCAUGUUUUUGUUUAGAAAAAAAGUUAUCCCUCCCACAGAAGAAGAAGAAGAAGAGAAAUUGAUAUUGCAGAAGAUCCCACUUCAGAAAAUGAUGGUGGAGAUAAUGGCAAAAUGUGGUUUAAAGAAUAUGAGUAAUGAUGUGGAGCGAUGCUUGUCCUUGGUAAGAUUCUGAUAUCUGCAUUAUGCUGUAAAUGUGAAUUUCCUAUAUUUUAAUCUAAUCACCAUGCG